GGGAAAUGUCAAUCUCUUAAACUUUCUUCUAAAAUAAUGCAAAUUUUAUAAAUUAAUUCCUUGUUAAUUAUAUUCGUGCGUGAUGCGGCUGUGUGCGUUCCUGUUAUUGCCGCUGGCUCUGGGCGCCGCGGCCUGGGACGAUGGCGAUUUAGAAGUAUUCGACGUGGUUGAAGAAGUGAAUCAGAAUUUCUACGAGUUGCUCGGAGUUACACAGGAAGCUACACCAUCUGAAAUUAAGUCAGCAUUCAAAAAGUUGACACUCAAACUGCAUCCAGACAAGAAUGAUGCUCCGGACGCGGAUGUCCAGUUCAGGAACCUGGUGUCCGUGCACAAUGUACUCAAGGACCCUGGAAAGAGAGAAAAGUAUAACGAGGUGCUCAAGAAUGGUCUGCCCAACUGGCGUUCAGCGAUAUACUAUUACCGCCACGUCCGUAAGAUGGGUCUGGCCGAGGGCUCAUUCAUCCUGUUCAUUAUCAUCACCUUUGGGCAGUACGCUGUUGGCUGGGCUGCUUAUGCUGAGAAAAGAUUCACUGCGGAGCAAAUCCUAAACAGCAGAGGCAAGAAACACUCAAAGAAAUCCGGUUUCGACACCGGCCUGGCUGAGAUCCUGGACCAACUUCCCAAACCCAGCAUCAAGGACACCCUGCCCUUCCAAAUACCGAGGCUGAUAUGGUGGAGCAUAGUGGGCAUACCGCGAGGCAUCAUGGAGCUGAGGAGGCAGAUGAAUGAACGGGAGGAAGAGGCUAAGAGGCAGAAAAAGAGAGAAGUGGAAGAAAAAGCCCGAGCGGAGCGAGAAGCGGCCGCCAUGGAGGAGGCCAAGGCUAAGGGCGCGCGCAAACGGCGCGGCUUCGUGCCCCCGGAACGGGAGUGCCUUUUAGACCCCGUGGCGGCUGAAGACGAGACCCCUGUGCCGGUACCGGCUAAACCGACGCCAGUGAUAACCGGCGGUCUCUGGACAGAUGACGACCUGGCCGAGCUGAUAAGACUAGUAAAGAAGCACCCCGGGGGCUCCGCUUCCCGCUGGGAGUCCAUCGCGGACGCCCUGCGGCGCUCCGUGCCCGAGGUCACGCACAUGGCCGCCAAGCUCAAGGACAACUGCUACAAGAUACCGGGCCAAGAACCCGAGCCGGUGCCAGAAGUGCCCAAGAAGGUGAAGACACGUAAAACAGAAGAGGUGAGCAGCGGCAACUGGUCGCAGCAGCAGCAGAAGGCGUUAGAGGCAGCUCUGGCCAAGCACCCUAAGGGCGGCGCUGGCGACCGCUGGCAGAAGAUAGCAGCCGCCGUGCCUGACAAGACCAAGGAGGAAUGCAUGCAGCGGUGUAAAUAUCUAUCAGAAACGCUAAGAAAGCAGAAACAGAAAGAAGAAGAGGAUAGACUAAGAGAGGAGAACGGAGAACAGAGCGCCGAAGAAGGACAGAACGAGGAGUCAUAACGAAUUAGCUUUUGGAAAUUGAUCUCUUUACCAUUGACUUAAGUGUCAUUAUGGAGCGGCAGGAUUUUAAUCCAAUAAUAGGACAGCAAUAAUAGUUUGUUGAAUUGUUAAUUGCCGUUGUUAGGAUGUGUUAUUUUAGGUACUUGCAAUAAUGUUAUACAUAUAACAAAACCACCUGACUUAUAAAAAUAAUUCCCCAA